AUGUCGAAACUAGCCAAGGACGCAGCGGCUUUCAAGAGCGUUCUUCACCGCCAGGACUACACCUCAUGGCACUCACAACCCCCACCAGCACGCGCUGAUCAUCCAGCCGCGGCCCCAGCUCCUGCAGCAAGUUCUUCUAAGGAGCCGUCAUCGGAGAAGAGUUCGAAGCGUGCCAAGAGCAAUAUCGUAUACUCUCAGCCCGCAGACACCGGGACGGGGACGAAUGUGAACACGCAGCUUGUAUACGCCGUCAACUAUCUCAAGUCGACUCCAAAUCCCAUGCGCCUGCAAGAUAUUGCUAUCGUAACCAACAUUCCGCUAGAUGUCGACCGUGUUCUCCUCGAGAAAUUCAAAGCCCACGAUAAAGUACAAUGGGAUCCGAAAACAGAUCUCUAUUCGUAUAAACACGAGUUCAAUUUCCGUAAUAAAGCCUCGCUGCUUACCGAAAUCCAACGACAAACCCGCAAAGGAGGGGGGAUACCGGUUCGUGCGCUGAAGGAGUCAUGGAAGGAGGCACCGGCGGCGAUCGAGGAGCUAGAGAAGGAAGGAGAAGUUCUUGUAACGCGAACUGCUAAAGAUGGGCAGCUCAGAAUGGUGUUUUGGAAUGAGAUCAAACCGACGGAGGACUCGGGAGGGAUGCCUGUCGAGAAAGAAUUCAUAGACCUCUGGCAUUCACUUAAGGUUCCAAACGAUGUUGAUCUGCUCAGGCAGCUCGCUUCAGAGGGAUUGCAAGUGACGGCUGCCGAAGCUGUAGCACCGAAGGCGCCAGCUGGGAAGAAGAAAAAGAAGGGCAGCGCACCGCGGCAGAGGCAAGUCAAGAUUACGAAUACGCAUUUGAAGGGGGAAAUCGAUCUGUCGAAGGACUUCGUUGCACCUGGGAAGUAA